UUGAACUGGUAGAAAGGGAAGGGUCAGAGGUCGUCGGGGCAGAAGGUGUUCCUGCCGCUGGCCCAGUUGCUAUGUAGUGGAGAGGCGGGCGCCUUCCCUUAAAUUCUGGAACGUUCUUGGGCUCGACUAGGGCAGAAUCUCCAGGACUCCUAGCCGCCGGCGUCAAGUCCUAGCCGGCCGAGGAGAGCCGCCGCCGCCAUGUUUGGCUGCCUGGUGGCGGGGAGGCUGUUCGCUUCAGAGCUGCAGAAAGGGACAGACUGAGAGACAGAGCUUAGCAUCUUCUGGUUUGUUCCUCAAAUGGCUACAAUGGCUAGCUCUUUGGAGUCUCCCAUGUACAAACAGCUGCACAGCAAGUAGCAGAGGAUAAAUUUGUAUUUGACCUGCCGGAUUAUGAAAGUAUCAACCACGUUGUAGUUUUUAUGCUUGGAACAAUUCCAUUUCCUGAAGGAAUGGGAGGAUCUGUCUACUUUUCCUAUCCUGAUUCAAAUGGAAUUCCUGUAUGGCAGCUCCUAGGAUUUGUCACAAAUGGGAAGCCAAGUGCCAUCUUCAAAAUUUCAGGUCUUAAAUCUGGAGAAGGGAGCCAACACCCCUUUGGAGCCAUGAAUAUUGUCCGGACUCCAUCUGUUGCCCAGAUUGGAAUUUCAGUGGAAUUAUUGGACAGUCUGGCUCAGCAGACACCAGUAGGCAAUGCAGCUGUAUCCUCAGUUGACUCAUUCACUCAGUUCACACAAAAAAUGUUGGACAACUUCUACAAUUUUGCUUCAUCAUUUGCUGUCUCUCAGGCCCAGAUGACACCAAGUCCAUCUGAAAUGUUCAUUCCAGCAAAUGUGGUUCUGAAAUGGUAUGAAAACUUUCAAAGGCGACUGACACAGAAUCCUCUCUUUUGGAAAACAUAAUUUGAAUAAGACACUAUAUGACAGAUCCUAAAAUCUGUCAUGUUUGGAAGAUCCAUUUGAAAGUAUGAAGACAAAAGAAUCAUGAAAUCUAAGUGUAAAAACUGUUUAGUGACUGAAGCAAUUAAAAUCUUUAUAAAAAAUUAAAAA